AUGAGAGCUUUUUCACUCCUGGGCCUUCUGGCUGUUGCUGUCAAUGGCGCCACAUUCAACCAGCCCGUCCUCUGGGAGGACCUGGCUGACUUAGAUGUCUUCCGUGUUGGAGACAAAUUCUAUUACUCCGCAUCUACUAUGCACUACUCACCCGGUGCGCCCAUUCUUCAAUCUUCCGACCUUGUGAAUUGGGAGUACAUCGGCCAUUCAGUACCCUCACUCGAUUGGGGAUCCAAGUACAGCCUCCAAGGCGGUUCGGCAUACGUCAAGGGAAUAUGGGCCUCUACGAUGAGGUAUCGCGCAAGCACCGGAACCUGGUACUGGAUGGGUUGCGUUGAGUUCAGCAAGAGUUAUGUCUUCACUGCGCCUUCCGCUACGGGACCAUGGAAACAGAGUAGCGUCAUCAACACAUGUUAUUAUGACUGCGGCCUUCUCAUAGAUGACGACGACACCAUGUACGUAGCCUACGGAGGCACUCAAAUCAGCGUUGCUCAACUCUCCUCAGACGGCCUCAGUCAGGUGAAGACACAGCAAGUGUUCUCAUCGACCAUAGGAGCAAUCGAAGGAUCGCGCUUCUACAAAAUCAAAGGGCAAUACUACAUCUUCAAUACUCUCCCUGCCAACGCGGAGUAUGUCCUCAAAUCCAGCAGCCCCUGGGGUCCAUAUACUCAGAAGCUGUUGGAAAAGAAUAUCGCGACACCGAUUUCUGGGGGUGGUAUUCCCCACCAGGGAGGCAUUGUCGACACGCCCAACGGCGACUGGUACUACAUGGCCUUUGUGGACAGCUACCCUGGAGGUCGUGUCCCCGUUUUGGCUCCGAUUACAUUUGGGUCGGACGGAUUCCCUGUCGUUACCACUGUGAACGGAGGUUGGGGAACUUCCUACCCCUACCCGAUGACGCCUCAAGUACUCGCCAGUCCGACUGGAACCGAUACUUUCCAGGGAACCUCCCUUGGUCCCCAGUGGGAAUGGAAUCACAACCCCGACUCGUCCUCAUACUCUGUAAACAACGGCCUUACCUUGCGCGCAGCCACAGUGACGAACGACCUGUAUGCAGCUCGAAAUACUCUGACGCACCGUAUUCUCGGCCCACAGUCAUACGCUACCAUCGAGCUCACCAUUGGAAACAUGCACUCAGGCGACCGCAGCGGCCUGGCUAUGCUCCGCGACUCCUCCGCUUACGUAGCCGUCAUCAACAACAGCGGUACUUUCCGACUGAGCAUGGUACAGGGGCUGUCGAUGGGCUCCGGCUGGACAACUUUGUCAACCGGGAGUGAAGUAUCUGGAGUCAAUCUUCCUAGUGGGACCUCGAAAAUCUGGUUGCGCGCCGCUGCCAACAUUCAGCCUGGUAGCGGCCGGACUGCAAGCUUUUCGUAUAGCACCGACGGCUUGAAUUUUGCAGGCAUUGGCAACCCGUACGUCCUGAACAAUACCUGGAAUUUCUUCAUGGGUUAUCGGUAUGGCAUCUUCAAUUAUGCCACUUCGGCACUUGGAGGGAGCGUGGUUGUAAACUCCUUUGAUAUGGAGAGUGGAGUUCCGUCGUCCACAACGCCAGCUACUACGACGACUAAGGCUGUCAGCACGACCAGCACCACAUCGCAACCGACUACUAUCACAGCCGUCCCCACAACUGCAACUGGAGCUACUCAGACUCAAUGGGGACAAUGCGGGGGAAGUGGCUGGACAGGUCCGACUGCAUGCGCUGCAGGGUCAACCUGUUCGGCUGGAAACCCAUACUAUUCUCAGUGCGUUUAG